AUGGGAGCUAAAGUGCCCAGAAAUUUCAGACUGCUCGAAGAGCUGGAGAAGGGUGAGAAGGGCUUGGGAGCUGAAUCAUGCUCCUAUGGUCUUGCAGAUGGUGAAGACAUGAUGAUGAGUAACUGGAACGGCACUAUUCUUGGCCCCCCUCACAGUGUCCACGAGAACAGAAUUUACAGCGUCAACAUCCAUUGCGGUCCGGACUACCCUGACAACCCCCCUACUAUUCAGUUUGUAUCCCGAGUCAACUUGCCAUGCGUUGAUGGCCGGAGCGGAAAGGUCGAUCCUACCAAGCUGCCUUGCUUGGCUCAGUGGAAGCGCGAGUAUACCAUGGAAACUAUUCUAGUCGAGCUCAGAAGAUAUAUGGCUCUGCCCCAGCACAAGAAGCUUCCGCAGCCUCCGGAAGGCUCGAACUUCUAG